GUUGUCCCUUCCUCUUGUGCCACACCCUCCCAGGGAAAGGUAAAUUGCAGCUGACAUACAACUGGAGUAUUCUUUCAAAGGCAGGUUGCAACCUUGAGUGAACAGCACCUCAGGCAGGUUGCCUUUGGAAACAGGAUAGAGGUGGCCAGGAUCUCUCCCCCACCCAUGUACAGUCGGCAAGUGAAAGUGCCAGGAAGAUGCUCAUGACCAAGCUGCAGAAUUUGCCCACUGUGGUCCUCUUCAUUUCCUGCUCUGCUUUCCUUUUUCUACUUGUUGCGAAGAAUGAAUGGGAGUCUCUCGAGAUGCUUUCCCCACCACCACCAGUGGCUAAGCGGCAUCCCUUGGAGGUUGUCUAUUCCACUGAUUAUAAGUUCCUCUUCAACGAGCCAAAGAAAUGCCGGGAGGGGAGCCCUUUCUUGAUCUUGCUGGUGAUAACUAAGCCCCAGGAUUUUGCUACGAGGCAGGCCAUCCGGCAGACGUGGGGCAACGAGAGCUCAGUACCUGGGGUUUCCAUUCUUCGUCUCUUUCUGACGGGUGUCCACCCAAAAUUUGGAUACCCGCUCCAGGCCCUUUUGGAAGAGGAGAGUUCCAUCCACAGAGACAUUAUUCAGCAGGACUUCCUGGAUACCUACAACAACCUUACCCUGAAGACUCUGAUGGGCAUGGAGUGGAUAAGCAAGUUCUGCCCCAAUGCCACCUACGUGGUGAAGGCCGACAGUGACAUCUUUCUCAAUGUGAACUACAUGGUGUCCCAGCUGCUACAGCCUCACCUGCCACCCAAGAAGAACUACAUGACAGGGUACAUCUGUAGGAAUUUCAAGCCAGUACGUAACAAGGCCUCUAAGUGGUAUGUGCCAUGGGAGGUGUACCCCAAUGAGACCUACCCGCCCUACUGCGCAGGCCCAGGGUAUGUGUUCUCUGGGGAUCUGACCAAGAAGAUCUACCAGGUAGCAAAGACCAUCAAGGUCAUUAACAUGGAAGAUGUCUUCAUGGGAAUCUGCCUGCAUGAGCUGGGCAUCAGCGUGACAAACAGCCCCUUGGGUCUCUUCAAGACGUUCCAUGCCGAGUAUGAGAAGUGCAAGCUCUCCAAGGUGGUGGUGGUGCAUCCUCUGGUGGUGCCAGAGAAGCUACUACAGAUUUGGCCUGGCUUUCGGGACCAGAAUCAGACUUGCAAGAGUUAAAAGUGAGGGAGGUGAACAGACACACAGCUUCCCUUUGGAGAAGUUGACAUAGAGGACUGGCAAUGUGCGGGCAUGUUCCUGUACAAUGGACAAAUCCAUGCCAACAAAGGGAAGGGAAGGAUGGCUCAGAGAAGAAGGAAGAUUCUGUGCUCUCCUCCCGUAGAAUCUCUGCAGCUGCCCAUAGCAACUUGUUUGGUCUGCUCUGAACUGACCACUGUGCUACUAAUGUGCCAAAUUGACAACCUCAGAGUUUUGAGAUCAUCACAGCCACCACCUCACCUACUGGAAGAGAGCAACCCUCAGGCCAUGCAGGUGUGGCACUACGUAGGAUUGCCAUACGUCCAGGAAUUCCCAGAAAUAUCCUCUUUUUGGGGGUCCUAAAUGCCCAUCCAGGGGGAAUUUUACAUUUUAAAGCAAUUGUUUGGGAUUUUGGGUUUUUAAAUAUAUAUACAUUUUUUGUGUGCAAUAGCUAAGCGAUGUCCCUCUGGCUUCAUGAGGAGCCUCUUCAGUAGGGCUGGUGAGUGUGGGCCUUGCUCCCUAGGUCAGGUGGACAGGGCCUUGCAGGGAGUGGCCAUCACACUCACAGCUGGGCAAUGUAUGAAAAAGCAACAGAAGAUGACAAAUAAGUCUUGCACAACUGGCAACAACCCAAAGAGGCAUGUGCUAUGUGGAGUAUGGCUUUCUUCUGUGAAGGAAACUUCUACUGAUCUGCUUUAAAUUACUCUCCAAAUGAACACAGACUGUGGAAACUUCACACUGGACUUCAAGCAUCUGGCAUUGUGUGCCUCCCCAUUAUUCCUCCAGACUCUGGAUCCUGGGUUUUCAAAUGAGAUACAAAAGCUGCUCUCAUCAGAAAAGAGAUUUGGGGAGCCAUGUCAUCAGCUGGUGUUGGUCCACUGUGCUUCAUUAAGUCCAGGGUCCACACAG